CACGCUCUCAUCGCAUCGAUUGAAACGAACACAUUUCCAGUCGAUUCAUCAACUUAGUCUUCUUCAACCUCCUUGAUUAGCACAUAUCCACCAUGGUCAAGGUCGAUCGCCCCCCAGCCAACGGCUUCGUAGCCGUCGUACGCAGGAUCUACAACCCCAUCGGUUUCUGCAAGGGCUACAACUUCGUCCUCUGGGUGAUUUCCGCCGGGGCACUUCUCGGCUUCUCUCUCGCCCGUCUGAUGUACCUCGAUUUUGAUAACAUCUUUUGCCCUGAAGACCAGAGUCGAGCCAAUGCACUUCCGGGCGAAUGCUUCUACUAUCAGUCCACUCGAGGUCGCGUGGGCAUCCUUCUGCACCUGGGCGCCAUCCUUCCAGCCUGUAUCCUCGCCGUCCUGCAAUUUGUGCCCGUUAUCCGCCACAAGCUCAUCCUCUUCCACCGUAUCAACGGCUACGUGGUCAUCCUUGCGUCGUUCAUCGGCAUGGCUGGCGUGUUGAUGAUAGCAGAGCACAGCUUCGGCGGUCGCUUGGACACGCAGAUUGCAAUAGGGUUGGCUACAAUCAUUUUCGUGGGCAGCAUCAGCAUCGCCUACUGGAACAUCAAGAGACUCCAGAUCGAGCAGCACCGUGCCUGGAUGAUCCGAGCCUGGGUCGUGGGUGGCUUCAUCAUCACCAUGCGCGUGAUCGGCAUCAUCACAGACAAGGUGCUUUUGGCUCUAGGCCCGGAGGGCUACUACGAGGCCCGGCCCUGCGCCGUCAUCGACUUCAUGUUCUCAGGAAAUCAGAGCUUGGUGGAAUCAGUGCACCCAGAUUGCGAGGCCUUCUAUUCCGGGGCUGAUACAGGCCGACACGUCCUCGUCGAUGCUUUUGGCAGCCAUGGCUCCGGCGGGGUCGACCAGGCCUCCGCGGGGCUCAACCUCAGUUUCGGCGCCGCGGCCUGGCUUGCGGUCGCCAUCCAUGUAUUUGCCGCGGAGCUGUAUCUCCACCUUACGCCCGCUGAAGCCGCCCGUCUGCGCCGUGUCUCCUACCAGCGCCAGCUCGAGGCGGGCAUGCGUCGGCCUGGAAACGCGGGUCUGACUGCCGAGAGGCUGGGUGAUGCGGAGCCUUUUUCGGUGCCCGGAUCGUCGCAGGAGAAGAUUGUCUGCGAUUAG